AUGGAUGAAGCUGAAUUUCAACGCCUUCUCCAGCUUUUCCCUACUGUUCGUUCUCGCGAUUACAUUGAAGAAGAAUCAUCAUCCAAACAAUUAGCAUCUGGGUCUGGAUCUCAAUUAGCACAAGAAGAGCUAAAUGAAUGGCAUGAUGCAUGGAAUGAAAAGGAUAAGGAUUUUGAGAAUCAAGUAGUCAACAAACAUGAUCCAUUUUGGAGCAAGCUAAAGUUAGAGGCUGCCAAAAAGGUUGGUACAGAAGAAGCAGAGAAAUUUUGCCAGGCAUUCCAACAAAUUCAUAAUAGACUGGUCAAUGAAGAGUUGAGUUUAGAUGCAGCCCGAAACUUCGUAAACUCGCCCUAA